AUUUUCAAAAAUCAUUCAUUAGUUUCACCAUGCUAUAAUGCAGAUCUAGCAUACAAAAAUAACAGUAUACAAACCGGAUAUGAAAAUUUUUGUAUUAGAAAAGGCGUUUUAAAAUUGUUUCCAUUUAAAGAUUUUGACUUUAUUGAUAAACAUGUUGUUUGUCUAAAAUGUUGUCAAAAGUUUGCUUCAAAGUGUUCGUAUAAAGCACAUGUUGGUACUAAUAUUUGUGUUAGAACUUACAAAGGGCCGAAUCUUAUCUAUCUUAAGUACAAAAACAAAAAUUAUAAACAAUUCUGGAAAAAAAAAAAAAAAUUACCCAAGCCUGAAACUUCGAACACCGUACAGACUUGUAAUAAAGUCUAUUCAGAUAUAAUAAUACACCAGAAAAAUAAAGAUGAAGAAAAACCAAUGGUAUAUUCAGAUAAAAAUAAUUCCUCUGUGAAAAGAUUUAUAGUAAGUCCAAAGAAGAACAUUAUUGGUAAUAAUGUUGAGGUUAACCUAAAAAACAAACGAGGCAGUCCAAAGAAGUUAAAUGCUGUGACACCUAAUAGCCAAAAUCAGGGUAUUAGCAGCUUAAGUAGUAACCUGGAAAUUGAUGGGUCUGAUAAACCAAAAACCGUUAAAAAUUGUAGUUUUGAUUAUACAUUCAAUAACCAUCUUAAUGCAGAUGAAAAUUUACAAUUGUUGUCUUCCAAAAUGAAAAAUUUAACAGCWAGGUUUUGGAAACUUUUAAAAAAAGAGUGUGAACCAAAAUGUGUAGAUAUUAAUAAAUAUCAAUAUUCCACCCAACACCAAGGCCAGUAUAAUGAAGAAGAAAAAGUAGAUUUAUAUUUUCUUAAAAUUGAAGAACUAGAAUAUGAUCUUAAGUUUCUGUAUGAACAAUUGCACGRWAAAAAAGAACAUCCRUAUAAUGAUGAAUUAAAAUUAAUGCUGACAAGAAUUAGUGAAAUACGUGAUAAAAUUAAACUAAAUAAACUGAAUAAGACUGACUUGRAGGGAUCAAUACCAGACAAAGGAAAAGAAAAUAUUCAAUGUACUUUCAAAAAGCAUGAAAAUGAAACUGAGAUUGAAAUGAAUAACAUAGACUUAAAUAAAAAUGAAAAAUGUACAGGGAUAUGGAUAAAUAAUAUUAGUAGUGUUUCUCCCCCAAUAACCAUAAAAAAAACUGAUAGUUGUAAAUUCAUUAAUCAAAUAAAUGUAGAUAAUUAUGAUAAUAUAGAAUCCAUAAGGCAGGAUAGUUUUGAAGAAAAUUUAAAAACAACUUAUAGAGCUCCAAAUAUUAUUAAUCCAGUUAAAAAUAAUUUAAAUGAUCUUGGAUUAAAUUAUAUCAAUAACCAACUGAACUGUAGAAUAUGCAGACAACAUUUUACUUCUAUUGCUGAAUUGAAAUUGCAUCAAUCUGAACAUUCAGUUAAGUUAAAUAAUGAAAUCUUGUGUACGGUCUGUGGACUUAAAUUUAAAAUGUAUAAAAAUUUUAAAAAACAUGCCAAUAAACAUAAAAAAGACUUAUGUUAUAAAAAUAAAAAAAAUAAACAUUUUGUAUGUAAAAUAUGUAAUAAACAGUAUGACUACCUUAAAUCAUAUUUUUCCCACAUUAAAACCCAUAAUGAUGAAUGA